AUGAACUGGAUGGGAGGAAACCUCUCUCGACAUCGUCGUGGAAAAGGCUGGAAAGAGGAAAUGGCUCGCCAAAAGGAAUACUUUGCCAAGGCACGCUCUCGACAGCGUGAGCAGACUGCAUCUCGAUCCCCCGUCCCCCUCUCUGCUGCUAAUUUUAUACCGAAUUACACAUCUCCGUCAAAGAACCCUACUGCAGGCCUACACGAAGCUAAAGCAAGCCCUUCAUCGGCGCUAUCUCCAUCAGCGCUGGGCGGCAAGCCUCUUUCUGCUGCUGCUGAGGUGUCGACAGGCCUGGGAGACGAAACGAAAAGUCUGCCAAGGGAUGUUCCUCGAUUGCCAAUAGCAUAUCCGUUAGCAGAAGAUGAUAGACCGUCUCUGUCGGACCAGGCAGUGAGAGACCGCUCUAUAGGUGCUUAUGGGCCAGAGGCCGGAUUCCGGAGGCUUCUGAACAGGAUCGAUUCAGCCGAGACCAGAAUACCGAGACUUCACCUGCAGGUCGGAAGAGAAAGAGAUUACUUGACCGUCUUCAGUCAUACCUCCGAGCGACAGCAGCAACAAGGGGCGUCUUCAGGCCAUCACAAGCACUCGGAAGUCGGCAGACAGAGAGACAAUCGAAAAAGAAAGCUGAGGCAGGCCACGCCUUCACCCAUCUCAAUCAAAAUACGAGUGGGCAGUCAAGACUAUCGAUGGAGCGAGUCGAGGAAUUCCAUUGGAAUUCCCGCCUACGGCGAAUGCUUGCAGACGCAAAGCGCAGCACCCGAAAGUCCAAGGAGUAAAAUACAGUCAACAGAUGUGACCAGCGCAUCGUACCUCAUGGAAGAGGUUUUGACAGUUUCUUCCUCGUCAAGUAGUCAUCCAACACUGUCGUCUCCUUGCAAAAGUCGAGCAUCUCGUCUCGUAGAGCUUCACAAUUCGACAAGCCACACGAUGGGAGCAACUCCACCAGGGUUUCAGCGCCCGCUUCCAGAAUGUGCUUGCGAAUCAGCACCAGAAUCACCAACAUUGGCGUCAUUAUCAUCCGAGAUCGACUCUACGGAUAGCAUAGCCGUGCAAGCCAGUGAUGAUGGAAUCAUGCCUGAGACUGAAACAGAUGAAGAGCGCAUAUGGAGACAGUGGCUAGGAUGA